ACUGCGCAGACGCACAGUUUAAACUUCAUAUAUAAUAUAAAUUAUAUGUAAGCGUUAUAUGUAAUAUAAUGUAAAUAUAUGUAACGAAACUACUCAUAAAUGUGAUAAAUAUGUGAUGUGCCAAUUUAUUUAGUAAUUUAAAUAUAAUAAAAUACAUAUAUACUGCUACAUAUAUAUGUUUGUUAUGGUUUUGACGGUCAGCUGUUUUGUUUUGCUGAUCGUAACGUGAUAGCGACGGAUGGACUUUAAAACGCAUUUAUAAUCGAGAUAAAUAAUUGUAUUGAAUGUUUGCAUAAUAAAUAAAACUUUACAAUGACUGACGCGGUUUUGUAUGAAAAACAACGCGUGCCACCUUUUAUGAGACAGUUACUGGCGGUAAGUGGAGUGGUCUUGUACAUGAUUGGCACAGGUGCUAACAUUGCUUACCCUGGAGUACUGCUGGAGCAGCUACGACUUCCUGAAUCCACACUGAAGCUCACUUCAGAACAUGAGUCAUGGAUAGCAUCCAUCCUCGGCCUGGCUUUAAUAACUGGCAUUGUAGUAGCUCCAUUCAGUCUGCAACACCUCGGAAGACGUGUCACCAAUCAGCUUAGUACUCUACCAUCAAUGGGAGGAUGGGCGUUGUUGGUUACCGCUAAAGGACCAGCUGCUUUAUUAAUCGGCAGAAGUUUACAGGGAUUCGGGAUGGGUGUGCAAGCUGCAGCCGCCCCUGUCUCCAUCGCGGAGUACUCCGCCCCCAAGCACAGAGGCGCCUUCCUCGCCACUAUAGCAUUCUCGUUUGCUACAGGCAUGCUGGUAGCCCACAUCUUCGGCACCUUAUUGUACUGGCGAACUGCUGGCAUAGCCUGCGGGAGCUUCUACGUUGUAUCCCUAAUUCUAAUAUCCUUAAGUCCAGAAACCCCUCCAUAUCUUGCAUCUAAAGGGUUAAACAUUGAAUGCAGAAAGUCCUUCAGAUGGUUUCGAGGCUAUGACCACAUUUCAGAAAAGGAAUUGACCGUUCUCCUGAACAGUCAGCGGAAAGAAGAGGCAACACAUACAGGGUCCAGAUGGAGAAAUUAUUUAGAUAUAGCAAAAAGGCAAGAAUUUUAUAAACCAACUGUGAUUAUGAUGUUUAUGUUCAUCCUGUUUCAGAUAUCAGGCAUGACUGUUGUACCUUCGUAUACUGUUACUAUAAUGAUGGAAGUUACUGGUGGGGCGAUAGAAUCUUACACUAGUAUGCUUAUGGUAGAUGUACUAAGAUUCGCAACUGCCGUUCUAGCAUGUAUCGUAGUGAAUAAACUAAAUAGGCGAACAGUCUUGUUCCUAGGUGUGACUAUAAGUGUAGCGUCUCUAUUACUUACUUCUAUACUUCUGUAUUUAAGAGACUUUGGAUACAUACCAGAUGACUACAAAUGGCUGCCUAUAAUACCAACAAUGUCCUAUAUUUUCGGGAAAACUUUAGGCAUCUUGCCAAUUCCUUGGGCUAUUGCAGGCGAAAUAUUUCCAUUGGCGUAUAGAAGUUUAGGUAGUGGCAUCUCGGGGAUGUUUUUGUCAAUCAUGUUUUUUGUGGUGGUCAAAACAGCUCCGGCUUCAUUCAGGGAUAUCGGUGUGAGUGGUACUUUUUGUGUGUACGCAUUCUGUAUAUCUGUCUGUGGAGUGUUCCUAUAUUUCUUACUGCCUGAAACUAAAGGGAAGACUUUGUACGAAAUUGAAUGCCAUUUCAAAAACGCAGACGUAAACGUUAAGGAUACAUCUGAAAAUGAUAAGAUGCUGGAAUUAGAGAAAAUAGAGGCGGGAAGGGACGAAGGGGAAUGAACGGAACGAUUAAGAAUCUAGGGAAGAUCUUGUGGGUGUCUCGGAGACCCAGGCUCAAGGUGUGAUAAAAGAUUUAAUGAGAUGUCUAUAACCGGUACCUCGUAAGAGGUUUUAUUACAAAUAA